UCCCAAUCCACCUGCGACAUCAAGAUCAAGAACAAGAGGAGCAGAAGGGCCAGGACGCACCAUGAAUUGACCUUUUUAGACCUUUUCUACGUUAUUAAGGACACGUCGGCCAUGGCGGGGAUGUCCGUGACCGUGCUGUGCCCCAACGGACGGAGGGUCAACGUCAAGGUCACCCCCAACACCAGCGUUCUGCAGAUUAUUGAGGAAGCCAGCUUGAAGCAUAGCCUUAAUCCAGACCAUUAUGACCUUGUACACCUGCGGCGGGCCCUGGACACGGGUAGCAGUGUGCGCCAUGCCGGGCUGCCCAACAGGUGUCAGCUGGAGAUGGUGGAGGCCGCCGUGCCACGCUCCCCGGCCAACGUCACGGUUCAUAUUGCCACGGAGACUGGCCUGCGUCUGGUCCAUGACUUCCCCUGUACAACAACAUUAUGGGACAUCCUGGAGUACCACAAGCAGAACAGCGAUGUGUCCGAGGACUUCCUGCCCCCCGUGGACAGCCACAAGGAGGUGGUGCUGGUGUACGCCAUGCGCAGGAUCAGCUGUCCGGAGCUGACCAAAGUCACACUUAGAACUCUUGGCAUCAUGAGUGGCAAGUGUAUGCUGAGGCAUAGUGUCCAGAGCACGUCGCUGGUCGGCCACCAACCCCACGUGUCUUCCUCCCUCACGCGGCGCUCCGUCGACCACAUGGAGGACCAAGAUGAAGAGGCGGAACCCAAGCCAUCAUCCUCACCUGCAGUGAACUACGUGUGGCUGGACGGUGAGGUGCUGGGCUCCUCCUCCCCGCCCGUGGCUCGGCCCAGGGAGGAGGAGCCAAGCCAACAGUCUCAGGAGAGUGACGUCACCAUGGAAGACGUGCCCGAAGUUCCUCAAGUGCCUACCUCCAAGAAUGCCAUGCCUCCCUCGCGGCCUUCUCAGUCUGGUGGUGAGUGUUCUGCCCCGCUGGACCUGACUACAUCUCCCCGCCGCCUGGAAGCCUCGCCCCCACCCAGGGUCAUAAAGAUCGGCGACCACAAUGCCAUCGUGUUCAGCAUGGCCGACGCACCACCAACACUCACGGGCGAGGAGGACGACGUGUUCUUCCAGCUGACGGCCGAGGAAGUGAGGCGGCUGUACAGGGAGCAGCGGAAGGCCUUGAGGGAGCUGGAGGAGACCCCGCUGAUGACCCAGAGCAUGCGGGAAUUGGAGGAGAGCUCUAAGGUGCUGACGGCCCUGAACCGCUAUCCUGUGACUCACCUCAGGAUACACUUCCCGGACGAGCAUGUCAUCCAGGCGACCUUCAAGCCAAACGACACCGUGAAGGACGUCAUGACCUUCCUGCGACCCUUCCUGACGAAUCCCACAGCGGAGUUUACGUUGUCCACAAGACACCCUCAGAGGACCCUGUGCCCGGACAUCUCUCUGGUGACAGCCGACUGUGUGCCCAACGCCCGCCUCUACUACUGGGACGCCACCACCACUGCACCCUUUCUGAGUGAGGACACCCUGGCUAAGAAGUCUUCCUACAGUGGGGCAUGCAGUAGUCUCAAUGUGCAAAGCACCAAAGCAAGGCCGCUGGGGGUGAACGAGAAGGGUCACAGGUUAUCCGAGCCCUCCACCAGCAGCCGGAGGAAGGAGGACGACCUUGACCAGGACACGAGGCCCCAGACCAGCGCCAGGGUGACAGGAGCGGUGCCUAAAGUUCCUAAGUGGUUCAAGGUCGGCAAGUGAUACACGGCAGAAAUGUAGCGCACUCCCGUCUUGGGUGAAUCAAAUGUAUGUAAUAAUAUUUUCCAUCAUUGAGGGAGAGAAUUUUUGUACUACUACUACUACUACUACUACUACUACUACUACAUGAUACAAGACGUUAAGCAUCUCAACAUGUGCCAGUUUUAUUACGAAGAUGACUAGCUGUAAAAUAUAAUAGUGUGGUGGAUGAGUUUUCUACACCUCCUUUGAGUCCUCAAUCCUAUCCAUGUCCUGUGUGUGAGUUUAUCCUGAGAUGUCCGGCAGUGUAUGGCAACUGUGUAUACCCUCUAUUUAGCUUAUUCAACCUAUAGGCAACUCUGAAACCAUUACCCUAUCCUUACCUAACCUACCUUACCCUAUCCUU